AUGAUAAAGAUCAAUUUAUUAAAUAAUUUAACAAAAAGAGGAAAUAUACUCACCAACUCUUUUAUAAACAAUAGUAAAAUAAACAUAAAUAUUAAAAACACUAAUAAUUAUAAUAAUAUUAAUAAUAAAUGUAUAAUACCAAAUUCAAUUAGCAAAUCAACUCAAUCAAAUAGUCUUUUUAAAAAUUUAAAUUCAGAUUCAAGAUUACUAUCAUUCAAUAAUGCAUCAAAUAUAAAUAUAAAUAAAUACUAUAGUACAUCAAAAAUCCCACCACCAUUAACCAAUCAAGUUGUAAGAAAAUCUGGGAAAGAAUUAGUUUCCAUGUACAUUUUACUUUUUGUUGGGUGCUCCAUCGUUUGUGUUAUUUAUUAUAUAGCAUAUUUAAAUUAUCAAAGAUUAGAUAAACUAAACAAAGGUAUAGAAGAAAUCGAAAAUUUAUCAGAUGAUCAAAUUAGAGAGAUUAUUGCCGAAUCAAAACGUGCAAAAUUGGAAAAGGAAAAAGAAAAUGAAAAUAUAAAGAAGGCACCAGUUGAUAGAAUUUUAAAAUAA